UAUUGAAUGUUGCUUACUGAAGUGACUUCAGGCUUCUGAGCUGAGCUCAUCCACACCAGAGUGAGAGAAGAAGAUGAAGGUUCUCUCUGUCCUCCUCCUGGCAGCUCUGACAGCAGCAGCUACAGCUCUGUUCUGGAGAAAAUACAUUAAAGUGGACCAAUAUAUGAACUGGAAUGAUGCUCAGGCAUACUGCAGGAAGAAUUAUGUAGAUCUAGCAAUUAUUGAAGCAAAGUGGGAACUAGACAAUUUCAGACAAGAUGUGUCAUUUUUUAGACGUUCCUGGAUUGGUAAUAGUGAGAAUUCAAGUAUGGAAAAUGAUUCUGAGUGGGUAGAUGCAAGCUUAUUAGAUUUCACAGCUUCGUGGCUUGAAGAACCAACAGCAAGUAAUACAUGUGUCUCUGUAGAACUUUAUUUUUAUAUCUUUGCUGUCAAGUCUUUUUCUGACUGUGCAGAAAGACAGACCUUCAUCUGCUACACCUGGAAGCCAGAUCUGAUCAUGGUGCAGGAGAUGAAGACCUGGGAAGAAGCUCUGAAGUACUGCAGAUUGAACUACACUGACCUGGUGAGCAUCACCACAAAGAGAGAUUACCUUGCGGUCAACAGAAAAGUCACAGGAAUUCAGACACGCAGUUUCUGGACCAGUCUGCGCUUCCUGGAUGGAUCAUGGUACUGGGUGAACCAGAUCUUCAGGUAUAAAGAAAACCUGAGCUUUUUGCCCUCAUGCCCUGCCCCACGUUUCCGUUGUGGAUCCCGAAAAGCUGAAUCAAAUGUCCUGGAGAACAGAAACUGUGAGGAGAAAAUGAACUUCAUCUGCUAUAAGCAAAGUGGGCUACAAUACGCUGGAAGUAAUAAUGCAAGAUGAUGUUCACUGCAACCAAGACCUGGACAAGACGGAGAAGACAUGAAGGGCAGAGUGACCGACGCCCAUCACUGCAAAAAAUGACUUAGCAAUUCAUAAUAUCUUUAUCCAGUCAAAUUUAUUUUAAGCAGAUAAUAGAGCAAAAAAUAUAAAGUCUAAAAAAUAUUUAAAUGUAUCUAGAAAUAUGAAUUUCCCUAGAAAUAGAUUUUAAUCCUAGAUUCAGUUUAUUCUAAUCUUCUCAUCUAUUAUAAUCUUAUCAUUUAC